AGUUUAAGUGUGUGAUACUAGGCGCGUUUGCGCCUAAUCCUAACGCGCAGUGAAGAUCUGUUCAUCAUCACGCGAACAUUACAGUGCGAGCUUGUUCAGACAUGGCGCACUUUUUACUAAUAAUCGGAGCCGCGGUUUUAUCGUCUUCUUAUGCACUCAAAACAUGUCCAGGGUUCCCUGGCUAUUGCUCAGAGUCUUUCGUUGGACAAACGUGCAAUGUAGUUUGUAGCUUCGGAAGAAACAAUGUUCCAUUGUGUCAGGAGGAUGGAACCUGGACAGAUAUCCCUCGUUGUAUUGAACACGAACCUGGAGUUGAAGAACAGAUAACCGGGAUAUGUCCGGGUAUACCUGGAUACUGCUCUCAGGGUUUUCUGAACUCAAGAUGUAAUUUCAAAUGUGCAACAGGGCCUGCCAUAGAUUCACUGUGCAACACAGACGGAACAUGGUUACCAUAUCCGGUUUGUGAAGGGGAUCUGAGGGAAACACGAGAUGGUUGUGAUGGUUGCCCUGGUCCGAACGGAGGAAUUAGGAAUAGAACUGCAGAGGAAAUCCUAACAAACAACAUUCCUAAUAACAGAAUUCCUAAAAUAAGUUCCAUAUCUACUGGCCGGAAAGAGAUCCCAUCAUUUGCCGGAAGUACCAAGUUUGGCGUACUCCAAGCUGACCCAAAGCUAAAGCAGGUUGACCCCACUAACUCGUUUUUUGUCGGCAACGACGGCAGAAUCCAACAACGGCCGGCUUCUGCCCCUCAGUUCAACAGCAAACAGCAAAUGUUUCUUUCCAGAUUUCCAUUCCAGCAAAAGCAACAAUUCCCUCCGCAACAACCUCAACAGCAACUACAAAUCUCUCAACAGCAGCAAAUCCAGCAACAACAACCAUCCUUUAAUUCUUUCCAACAACAAACUGGUCAAAGCAAUCAAGGGUCACUGUUUAAUGAAAUCAAAAACAGAAUUAAUUCUGGAAACAGACAACAACAACAACAACAACAAGUUCCCCAGCAACAACCCCGUCCAUCUCUUCCCAUUGAUUCUUUCCUGCCAGAGAUCCAACCACAACAGCAACAACCACUUGUCCUUCAGCAACAGCCACAGGAAGCCUUUCCAGCUGUUAGACAACAACAACAACAACGAUCCAGUUUUGGUAUAUUUGAGGAGGUUGACCUUGGAAACUCAUUUUCUGGUCAGGAGGUCGCUCAAUUAGUAACUGAGUCUCAAGCUAGGUUAAUAGAAAGGCCUACUGAGCUUCAAGGAGACUUCUUUGGAGAAUUUCCAUCAAUUAAUUUGCAAGGAUAAAUUGCAACAAUUUCAUUAAUGUCAUUUUAGUGAAAUUCCUGGUAUUUAAUUUAAUCUAAUAAACCUAUACUGCUUGAUUGCAGAUAUACUGUGUACUGUAUAUAGAAGCUGUAAUAUAUUAGUUAAAUAGAAUCUAAAAAUAAACUACUAAACUACUAA